UCAGGUCGCACAUCUGCGCCAGCUGCAUGACCUCAUUUGCCGUGAGCGACCACGCAGCGCUGACACACUUGUGCAAGAGAACCAGCUGCCCCCUACACACAAGAGCCCCCCAGUGGCAUACGGGCCAUAUACGUGUGUGUACGAGUGUCUGCCUACCCUGCUGCUCGUGGUCUUCGACUGCUGUUGCCAGUGGGUAGUUCUUGGGCACAUCAUCAUCGUCGGGAGUCGUCACCCUGACCCAAAGGCACAUGCACAUCCACACAGCGGAUGGGGCGUGAAAUGCGUUGUCUGUGAUAUCGCCGUACCGAGAGAAGAGGAGAGCUCAGGGGAGAGAUGGAUGCCUCUACAUUCUCACUUCGGCUCGGUGCAGUACGAGUGACCUGAUCAGAUCCACAGAGCAAACACACCAGUUGGUCAGCAGACCUGAUCAACCAGCACAGAUCUGCCUCUCACGUACUUACCGCAU